UUAUUUUAUACUUCUAAACUUUAUAAAUAUACUAUUAUUUUUACUAUUAUUUUUAUUUUUCAAGAUGAGCGCACCACAAACCGUAGAACAUACUAUUACCCUGAUCAACUACGAACCCCGCAACGGCAGGCUUCCUGGAAUCCUAGCACCCAAGAUCCUCUCCGUCACUGAAAUCCGCACCAAGGACGCUGCUGCAGAUGAAGCCACAGUGACCAAGACUUUGUUCAAGGAUAACAAUGUCGAGUCGGACAAGAAAGUAGCCCCGAUGUCUGUGUCUGCACUUUCCAAUGUUUUGGCUCUUGUGGAUGAACUUAAGGGAUUGCCUGUGCAGGAAUUUGGUGGCCGGGAUUUGUUUGGUUCCAAUACUGCUGUAGAGGUGAGGGAGGGAAAGAUGCCGGUGUGGGGGUAUACUCCUUCAAUGGUAGGUGGCUGUGGUGCAUUCGACCCUGAGGAGGAGGAGGAGGAGGAGGGUGGUGACAAUUUUGAGGCCAAUGAUGCGCACAAGGUGGAGUUUGGAAGAAUUAUUAAUUCUAUUGAGGAGGCUACAAAUGCCAGUUUUAUUUAAUUUUAAAAUAAACACUUGUUUUAAUUUUUCUUGUUUUGUAAGUCCAUUCUGUCUUCGGUUUUAUAA